AUGUCAAACUUCUUAAUUCUCAUGCGAUUUGGUUCUGCUUUCCUGGUCCUGCUGGCGUUGUAUGGUGCGAUUGCUACUUGUGCGUUUUUCUCCGGAGCAAAAUGGUUGCAGCCUCUGGUGCUUUGCUGGCCGGAGGUUUGCGAAGGAAGAGGUUGCCUCUUGUACCAGAUCUUGUGCUGUCCGUUUGUCUUGACUUACAAUGCAAUCCGAAUUUACUGCUGCGCCUGCUGUCACAGCUAUAUCUCCUUCUUGUGCAUGCCCUCCUGUACGAAGGGCUGCUGUUGGGAUGAUUUUGAGGACACUGAAUUUCCCGCAAACGACCUCAGCUUGGGGAAGCUCAAGGGCGACACAGCUGCUGGCGUCCUGCACACCGGGGGCAGAACUGAAUGGAAGCGAGCUUCCGAGAUUGCUGGCAAGGACAGCGACGACUCACGCGGGGCGGAGCUUUUUGAAGGCGGCAUCGAUGCGGCUGACCUGUUGCAGGGGGCUUUGGGAGACUGUUGGCUGAUCGCUGCCCUGGCAUCGGUGGCGGACAGAUCAGAGAUUCUUCAGCAAGCUUUCUUGACGCACUGCUACGACCCACGCGGUAAGUACAAAAUCCGGCUUUGGGACCAGGUGCGAUCAAAAAAGGGUUCGCAGUGGGUCGUCGUCGUGAUCGAUGAGCGGAUUCCUUGCCAUGCUGGAACUCUGAAUCCGCGCUUUGCGCAAGCAAACAGCAAUGAGAUGUGGGCCCUACUCAUGGAAAAAGCAUUCGCAAAAAUGUAUGGCGGCUACGACAAGCUGGAAGGUGGCCAAAUGUCGUGGGCUCUCAGCGCAAUCACCGGCAAUCCGGCCGUGCACUUCUUUCGGGACCACGGGCAAAGCAUCUGGGAAAGUUGGGCAGAGAUUGACGGCACGGAUACCUACACCAAGAAUGAUGAUUCAUUUGCAGACGAAGAGUUCUUCAGGUUCCUCCUUCGUCUUAAGCGCAACGGCGCCUUCAUUUGCUGCGCUGGGAUUCGCAAGGGGAUGCCCAAGCAGGGCUUGAUCGACUCGCAUGCGUAUUCGGUCCUGGAAUUGACCACGGCGCAGAAAGAUCUCACGUCUGGCGAGUACUUCCGCUUGGUCAAGAUUCGGAAUCCACAUGGAGAAGGAGAGUGGCAGGGAGCAUGGUCAGACCGCUCCCCGCUGUGGAGCAAAUGGCCUAGAGUCAAACAGCAGCUGAUAUCAAGUGAGCAGAAAAAUGACGGAUCGUUUUGGAUGCAGUGGGAAGACUUUGUAAAUUUCUGGAAUGGGGUUCAGGUUGUGGACUGCGAGACAAACAUUCGCACUGUGGCAAUCCCCGACUUCGACGAAGGGAGUCUUUUUGGUCCGCUGAGAUCUGCUUUGUGGGGCUGCCUGGAAUACUGGCUGUGUUGCGUGGGCGUAAAACGGCUGUACCUGGGCAGAGCUGGUGGAACGAAUGUGGAGGAGAUGAAAAAAGACAUGAACAGGAAGUGCGGCUAUGACCAACAAGGUUUUUAUUGCCAUUACUGCGAAACGAAGGCAGUCCACGAGGACUCAAGCUCGGAUGAGGAGAGAGGCAUCCUACGGUAG